AUGGCUGCCUUCAGUCUCUCAUCCCCAAAUCACACAGGCUCCUCCAUUCGCGUAUCUUCUAUUUUUUCUACCCAAAAUACUCCCACUCUUUCGUUCUAUUCCCUAUCAAAGCCCUCUUUUCUCUUCCCCUCCAUAUCCCUCAGACCCAAAAUCGCAGCCAGACCUCGCUAUGCAAACGUCAUCGUUUCAGCUGUGAAGAAGCUUUCCGAGACUGAAUUGGUGACUGUCCCGGAGGAAACUGACUUAGUAUCCGGAAUAUUUACCUCAGAUUCAGGCGUGUACGCCGUUUAUGAUAACAGUGGCGAGCUUCAAUUUGUCGGCAUAUCGCGCAAUGUCGCCGCCAGUGUUGUAACUCACAAGAAAUCGGUGCCCGAUCUCUGUUGUUCUGUUAAGGUUGGGGUGGUAGAUGAUCCUGAUAGAACUGCUUUAACCCAAGCUUGGAAAUCAUGGGUGGAAGAACAUAUAGCAGCCACCGGAAAGGUACCGCCAGGUAAUGAAUCUGGGAAUACAACAUGGGUAAAAAAGCUUCCAAAGAAGAAAUCCGACCUGAGGUUAACUCCAGGUCGCAAUGUCCAAUUGACAGUCCCUUUAGAGGAACUCGUUGACAGGCUAGUGAAGGAGAACAAGGUGGUAGCCUUCAUCAAGGGAUCAAGAAGUGCUCCUUUGUGUGGAUUUUCACAGAGGGUUGUAGCAAUUCUUGAAAGCCAAGGGGUGGAUUAUGAAAGUUUAGACGUGCUGGAUGAAGAAUACAAUUGUGGGUUGAGGGAGACACUAAAGAAGUAUAGCAACUGGCCUACAUUUCCUCAGAUUUUUGUUAAUGGUGAAUUAAUUGGAGGCUGUGAUAUAUUGAGUUCCAUGUAUGAGAAGGGCGAACUUUCUGCUUUAUUUAAACAGUAA